CGUCUCAUUGGGAGGAGGCUGCUGGGGGAAGCGUCUUUGAUCAACGCUUGUCGAAUCAAUCUGAUAAAAUUGGCUCGGCCAUCGUUGACCCAUCUCUCCUCGUCCGGGUCUUUCAGACUUAAUUCCCUCGCCACAGCUUCCACCAUGUCGUUCCAUACGCAAGCUUCCCGACACGUUCCCCUUCCACGCUCUGCCCAUCCUGACAAUCCCAUUCCACAAGAGCCACGCUCAUUGCCACACUACGAUGUGUCCCCUUCUGUCUCAGCUCAAUCUCUCUCAUACUCUGAGUCUGACUCCUUUUCCGACUCGGAGUCUCCCUCUACGCCUCCUCCUGAUCAGGAGGUCGAGGAAAUUACUGAGAAGCUGAAAAAUCAGAACACCAUGUCCAUUGAUUUUACUCGGAACGAAAAACGUCGUGCCUCAACCGUACUACUCUCACAGAAUGCCCAGGAUGUGCAACGGCUUCUGGGAAAUGGCAAAUCUGCCACGCAAUUGAUCGAGAAAACUUGCUGUGGCGGCGGGUGCUGCAUGAUGGAAACUCUCAGUGACGACAGGACCACCUUGUCUCGCACACCUGUUGUCGUCCCCGAUAACGCCGCUUUCCGGUCCUUGAACCUCAAGCUUGGGCCACUCAACCUAGAAAGCCAGCUUACGAGCCUGGCUUCCUUGCCCGCUAAAACCAUAUCAUUCCUACCUCUUCCUGGAGCCAAGCAGGAAAACCAUAGCAGAUCCGAAAUUCAUCCUCCAUCCUUUGUCACACCGCACCAUCCAUACUCGGUUUAUCCGGCACCAGUGUAUCAUGCUCGCGAAUUGACCAAGCCUGGGGCCGAGAAGCGGACUUAUCACUUCGACAUCGACGUAACAGACUAUCCUGAAGAAGGAGGAGAUGUAUCCUUUGUGGUCGGAGGCGCUGUAGGUGUUUGCGCACCCAACGAAACCAGUCGAGUUGAUGAGAUAUUCGAUUUGCUCUCCGUUCCUCGCUUUGUAAGGGACAAGCCUGUUCUUCUCAAGACUGAAACUGGCCGCUGGCCAACUGUGUGGGGUGACGAUCAACCUCGCGAGCUCGUGACCACAAGACGUGAGCUUCUCACCUGGUGCGCAGAUAUCCAGAGCUACCCCCCUACGAAGCCGCUCCUGCGUCUCCUCGCUGAACACGCCGAGGCGAAAAACGAAAAGAAGAUUUUGGAGUACCUGGCAUCUGCCCAGGGCCAGGCUGCUUUCUGCGACCUCCGCACGGGACCUUAUGUUACUAUCGCUCAACUUCUUAGUGCCUUCCCCUCCUCCAAGCCUCCGCUCGAUCAUUUGCUCUCUUCUCUCCAGACUCUUAUGCCUCGUUUCUAUUCUCUCUCCAAUGAUCCCCACAUUUCAAGUAAGAGAGAUGGCCUUGCCGGACGCCGGCUGAUCGAAAUCGCUGUGACUGUUCACGAGAAUGACGACUGGCAUGGAGUUGCCCGCACUGGAGUUGGCUCUGGAUAUUUUGAGCGUCUUGCCCGGCAACUCCUCAAGAGCGAAAAAUCGGGCAUUGCUCCUAGAGAAACUGGAAUUACUGUUCCUCUUUUCCGCGGACUUAUGGCCAACCCCUUGGCUCGAAAGUUUGCUACAGACGGACCAAUGCUCUUGGUUGGUGCUGGCGUGGGCAUUGCUCCGUUCCGCGGUUUUGUCCAGAGGCGCCUUCAGAAUGCCAACUGCGCCAAUAAGGUUUGGGUUUUGCAGGGUAUCCGCGAUUCCCUUGUUGACGAGCUUUAUAACGGCGAGUGGGGCGUGCACGAAGACGAGGUCAAGAAAGUAGUACAGAGCCGACGAGGCCAUGGCAGGUAUGUUCAGGAAGAGGUCCGUCAUCAGGCGGACUUGGUCUGGUACAUCAUCAAUGCCCUGGACGGUCGAAUCUUCGUUUGCGGCAGUAGUAAGGGCAUGGGUGAAGGUGUCGAAGCGGCGUUGGUAGAUGUCGCGAUGGACAAAGGCAAAUUGAACCGCGAAGAAGCCGUAGAAUUUUGGGAGAAGAAGAAGGAUGCUGGUCAAUACAUUGCCGAAACAUGGUAAUGUUCGACUGUUGCCAAGCUGCCCUUUGUAUAAUUCAUCUGAGCUAUUCUUUUCUUCCGUUUGGGAGGUUUGCUGCUUGCAUCAACUUAGCGAAAAGCUC